CUCAGAUCUAGGAGGUUCCUUGAAGGUUUUAAGCCACGUAUACCGUAUGUCUAGUAUCUGAAUGCACCUGGUUCUAAUCUCGGUAUUACAAAAAAUCCUAGAGCGUUUUUCAAGCCACUUCGAAGGUGAGAGGGGAGGAAAAGAUGGGAGCAAAUAUUGUACUACCUACUAGGGGUCAAAACUUCGACUAGAGACCGGAGGUUGCCAGGGUUUAGAUGCUCAUCCCCUGGAAGCUAGCCGGUUUUUAAACCGGAGUUCAGUGCACCACUGCACAUGUGUUUCGAGUCUUGACACGAUGCAGGCACGAUGCCCAGGAAAGAAAAUCUUGCUAGGAUCAUGGAUGUAUUACUUCUGCGUCUUUGACCAAAACACGUUCUAAAACCAGAGUUGCCACCCCGUGCUUCACAUGCCGAACCGCAUGCAAGCUAGAAAAGGAGUCCCGGGGCCGAAGGAGGCUUUCAAUGAAAUCUGUGCGUGAAACAUGACCUUACCAUGUAGCGAGCGUUGCCGAGUAAACUAUGUGCCUCAGGUCUGUGCAGAGGUCGAAGUACCAACUAUUUUACCAGGUCAGCUAGAAGCCCAUCCGUUUUAGCAAAGCUGGGGGUUAUGAUGAGACCGCGGCAUUGCCCCACGUUGGACUCAUCCCUUUGCACCCAUGAGCCUGCUAGUAAUUGAGCUCAAGGGUGCCAGGCUCCGUUUUCUGAUCUGCCUUUACUGCCUUAUGACUGUCCUAUUGAGUUUCACCGCACUUCAGGUGAUAGUACCCACUUUCCAGGAUUGCAAUGCAAAAAGGCAGAUUGGCAUCCGCGCAACGGAUUCUAGUGGCCCGCGCUGCGCGAAUGAGCUGUCAGACGCACUGGCGAAAGUUGCAGACCAGGUGGACAAGCUUGAAGGGGUGGUCCUUCAGUUUGAAAGUGAGACACAGGCAGCAACUAAAAAGAUUGGCCGGCGGAGCAACUUCGAGCAAGUCAUCAAUGGAGUGGCCCACGACGUGAAGGUGUUGAGAGCAGAGCGGCCAGUGAGCUUGUUCCUGGGGGGUCGCGUUGUCAUGUGUUGGGUUGACUUCUUCCAGCAAUACUUUUACCUUGACUCCCGGGACCGGGGCUUGACACCGCACCUGUGUGGGGGCACUGUGUGGGAGCAUGAAAUCACAAGGACUGUCAAGAGAAUUGUGCGCUCAGGCCAGCGAGUGGUGGACAUAGGAGCUUGCAUGGGGUGGUGUACCGCCGUCUUUGCGGGUGCGGUAGGGGAGACCGGGAAGGUGCUUGCGGUAGAAGCAAACCCUCGGCUCAGCGACAUGCUCGCUCGCACAAUGCAGGAGCAUCCACAUGUUCGGGUAGUGAACAAGGCGGUUGGGAGCCAGGACGACACACAGGUCUUUGUGGAGAACAAGAUGACGUAUUGCCCUGGGAACAGGGUUGUGAGGGAAGCAAAUGCAAGCCUUGAGCCGGUGGAGUACGUGAAAUUGGAUACACUGCUUUUAAAUGAAGGGUGGGACCGUGUGGAUGUGAUCAAAAUCGAUGUGGAUGGCCAUGAGUGGCGGGUAUGGGAGGGGAUGCAGGAGACGCUGUUGGAGAACCCUGAUCUUGAGCUACUCCUUGAGAUCAAUUUUCAACGAGAUAGGGUGAAUAGGAUCGAUUCAAAGCUGUAUUAUGAAGCCUUGAGGAGCAAAUUUGAAAACAUGUUCAUCAUAAGGAGAGAGGAUGGUUUGUUGAUGCAAACGAGUCCAUCAGAGCUGCUUGAAUCGUUUGGUAACGUCAAUCUAUAUUUAAAAAAUAAGUAG